AUGAAAAAGCCUGGCGAGUCCAGCGUAGUCCAGUUCUCCUACACGAAGGUGCUUAUCUUUUUUGUUACGCUGGUCGCAUACUCGACGAAGAGCGUAACCGCUGCAGCGUCGACGCCUGAAGAAGUUGUAGGCAGACCACCCGAUUUGAAUGCGCGGAGUGCGUCAUUCGCCUCCCUCCCGGUCCAGCGGUAUCUGAGGUCAACGAGUGACAAGAUAAGUCAUUCCGAAGAGAGGGCGGGCUGGACAAGUUAUCAAGCCGCCCUGGCGUCAAAGCUCCAAACGGGUUGGACAGAUUUAAAGCCACUCCCGACAAGGAUGAUGAAGUGGCUGCGAAUGAAACGCUGGGAUAUUGCCUUUACGUACUGGAAGCUCCACAAGCAAGAGCCCAUGACACUUUUUGAGAACCCUAUCUUUCUUAAAUUUGUCGGUCUCGUUGAGUCGAAGUACCCAGGAAACAUUGACAAGCAAGCGGACAGGAUUUACGCGGUUCUUGCAAGUCAUUACAAACCUGACAAGCUGGUAGAUAUUCUAGCUGUGGGGUUGGACAGCAAGAAGAAAACGUUAGCCGGAUUAAUGCUGACUGCUCAGGUCACGAGCUGGAUUGAUAAGAAAAUACCUGGGCAAGAGGUUUUUGAGCUUUUGAAGCUCGGUAAGAUAAACGACGGAAAGCUCUUUGCAGGCCAAGCUUUUUUGCAGUUCACGUCGUUCAUCGCGAGAAGCUACGAUCGUCCAGAGUCAUAUGAUGUGCUGUAUGAGAUGUUGUAUUUUAAUUACGGAGAUAGUAUGUGGAGGCUGCUUAAAGAAUCAAAGAGCGUCAAUCCGAGCCCUGCCGUAACCGACCUGCUAACGAGGCGUUGA